AUGGAGCAGCCUACUGCGGCGAAUGCGGACUCCCUGUCCAAGCCGCGGAAGACGAGUCGACGCAAGCACCAGGAAGACGAAGACGACGAUGGGGCCAAGAGGCGUUGCAUCUCCUCCGCCUGCGUCGCGUGUAGAGCACGCAAAAGUAAAUGCGAUGGCAAGACUCCAGCUUGCGCGGCAUGCGCUCAGAUCUACGGAACUGCAUGUGUAUAUGACCCCAAUUCCGACCACCGCCGGAAGGGAGUCUACAAGCACCCUGUGAAGUCGAAGAAUACCACAUUGGAUACUCUGGUGCAGGCUCUUUUGAAUUUGGAAGAAGAUGAAGCAAUUGCCCUUGUCCGGGAGAUGCGCCAAUGCGAUAGUCUUGACCUCGUUGCUGAACGAAUCGCUGCCCAGGUCAGUGCCGCCGGUUCAGACAACGAUGGCGCCGGGCUUCUGGACUCGAGCGCUUCUGCCGCCGCGGAGGCUACGUUCGAAACCCAACUUGCCGGUCGGAUCGGAGAUCUUCGAUUAGAUGAUGGUACUGUCAGAUACAUUGGCGGCACCUCACAUCUCAUCCACCUCGACAGUGAAGACGAUAACUCCGACGUGCAAGAGUAUCACCAACAAGAGAACGCCACAGCCUCGUGGACGACAGUGACCAGCGACACCGAUCUGAUCGACCAUCUGUUGACCAUGUACUUUGCCUGGCAUUACCCAUUCUUCACUUGUCUCCCAAAGGAUCUAUUCUUCCGCGACUUUCUUCUUGGAAACUCACCGUCUCACAUCAAAAGAAAGAAUUCCUACUGUACAUCGUUGUUAGUCAACGUCAUGCUCGCAAUUGGCUGCCACUUCACCUCUCGGUCCGGUGCAAGAGAGAACCCCGAUGAUCCGGCUACAGCUGGCGACCACUUCUUCAAAGAGGCCAAGCGACUCAUCAUGGAGCAUGACGAACACGAGCGCCCAUGUCUGACCAACAUCCAGGCAUUCGCACUCAUGUCCGUUCGCGAGGUGGGAUGUGGACGUGAGUCCAAAGGCUGGGUGUACUCCGGCAUGGCCUUUCGUUUGGCCCAAGAAAUGGGGCUACCAUACCACAUACAACUGACCAAAAACUUGGGCGAAGCGGAACAAGACGCCAGAAGAAUCACCUUUUGGGGUUGCUACCAGUUCGAUGCGUGCCACUCCAACUACCUCGGCCGGCUGCCUCAACUUCCCAACUCCAUGAUUACCGUGCACAAAAUCGACGCCUUCCCAAACGAGGAAGCAGAAGAAUGGACUCCCUACACCGACUCUGGAACUCAGAAUUCACAUUCUCAGCCAGCGAGAUAUAGAGCGGUGGCCCUGCAUAUCACCAAGCUGUGCGAGAUCUCCAACGACAUCAUGCUGGGCUUCUACAAUCCUUCUCACACUGAAACAGUCCGCAGUCGAGCGGCCGAGUUGAAGAAGCUUAGCGCCCUCCACAUCAGACUGGAAGACUGGCGGCGAGAGCUGCCCAAGGAGUUGGAAGCGCGCGAGGGCGCACUACCUAGCGUUCUGAUCAUGCACAUGUUCUGCCACCUUCUAUUCAUCAACCUUUUUCGACCCUUCCUGAGGUACUCAUCAACAACUUCGCCUCUUCCGCCAUCCGUCAACCCGCGCAAACACUGCACACAAGCCGCCGCCGCCAUCUCGAGGGUGAUGAGGUUCUACAAGCGAAGCUUUGGGCUCCGACGGAUCCCCAACAUCUGCAUCUACAUCUUGUACGUCGCCUCCACAAUCCACCUCCUCAACCUUCCCCAAAAGGACGCGAGCAAGGAUCUGGUGCACGCCAUCAGGCACCUCGAAGAAAUCUCCGACUGUUGGCCAGCCGCAAAGCGCUCGCUGGCCAUCCUAUCCGCCCUCUCCCACCGGUGGAAAGUGCAAGUCCCCGAAGCAGCUCACGAUAAGUUCGAGAAGUACCAAAGCCGGGCUUCGCCAUCGCCCGCUCUAAAACAGCGGCAAGCAGCAUUGGCAGCAGCGGCAGCGGCGGAGCCUAGUCCCACGCAACUCGCAGAGCCACUGAAUUGGGCAGAUGCCACGCUCCAGCAGCUCCCGAGCGUCUUCGCAAGCGGCGCACCCCUCCCACUUACUGAUGUCGCGCCCGCACUCCCACAGGUCUCGGCAGAAGCAUACUCCAUGCUCUUCUACAAUCACAACACAGAAGGCCAAGCGGAGCAAGUCCACCAAGUCCACACUGCAGCGCAACAACAACCACAGCAAUCGCAAAUAACGACCCCUCAAACCACCGUCGACUCCCGGCCCUUCCAGCCCUCGACACCAGACAUGUUCGGCGGCGUGCAGCAGCUCCUCCGCGAAGGGCAGCAGCAGGACUGGACCUUCCGAGACCCCAUGCCUGUGCCCGCAGAACUCGGCAGCUGGGCGGGCAACUGGAGUACCAUGAUUAUGGAUCCGUCCAUGUGGGCCGAUGCUCUCGCUCCGGAGAAUGGGAGCGGGGCUGCUAUGGCUGGGAAUAUUCAGCCGGCGGUGCAUGUGGUGAAUGCGCAGGCGUCCGCGAUGGGGGAUGUGUAUCAAGAUGGCGGCGCUACUGCGACGAAUGAUGGCGAGCAUCAGCAGCAGCCAGGCGUUGUCAAUUGGCUGAAUGAGCAGAUGGGGACGUACGAUGAGAGUGCUUGGUACGGAUGA